GCUCUUUCUUCAUUGGUCUUGGGUGUUGCACCCACCCUGUGUUCAAGCUUCAAGCUGUCAUGCAUUGAUGAGAGUUUGGCCUUUUUCGCCCUUUCACCGUCUCCGAUGUCCUCGAGACAAAACAAGAAAGCUGAAAGCACGUAAAAGAAGAGCCAAAGGCGACUGGAGAACGCUCUACUGAUUUCCCAUGACAAGUUUAAGUGCGCAUUACUAGAGCACCGGAGAGAGUCUAAACUCUCAGAAAGCAAGAAACACCAGAGCGAAGAAAGAGGGAGAUAACAGACGGACUACUGAGAAGCACAAUGCCUUCUGCUUUGUCUUCCUUUCUCUUCCUCCUCCUCGUUCCUCUGUUGUUACUCCGAGUCUCUAUGCUGCACGCGCUGCCCGUCCCCGACCCCGCCCCCGUCCAGGUUCACCCGGCCACGUCGACGGCGGUCUCCUCCUCUCUUCCCGCCGCCACCAUCCCUGCCUUCCCCGAACAGUCCGACGUCGCCUCUGCCACCUGCCCUCUCGACCUUCCCUCCGACCUUCUCCCUUCCGUCACCGCCGCAUGCUCCUCCCCCUCCGCUUCCGGAAGCCACCUCCGCCUCCCCUCCCGAUCCCGCUGCUGCCCCGCCCUCGCCGCCUGGCUCUACGCCGCCUACUCUCCUAGCGCCCUCGCCGCCCGCCCUCUGCCCUCCGCCGGCUACGACCUCCCUGCUCUGCCAGACGACUCCGAGUCUUGUGCCGCCGGCGUGGAGCGCGCAAUGCGGGACCGCGGGGUGGCGCUCCCGCGCGCCAACGCCACGUGCGACACCGCCUACUGCUACUGCGGCGUCCGACUCCGGCGUCUCGCGUGCGCCGGAGGGUUCGUGGCGGACACAGCGGCGGGUCUCUGGGUCCCCGCCGGAGACGGCGGGCAUCGUUUGGAGAGCGACUGUGCUCAGCCUGGCCUCACCGGGUGCAGUCGCUGCCUCCGGUCCCUCAAUCAGCUGAAGGCGAAAAAGCAGCAGGGCAGCGAGGCGAGCGGAUCGGAGAGGAAGGAGGCCGCCACCCAUGGCAGGGAAUGCCAGCUGAUGGGAGUGACGUGGCUCCUCUCCAGGAACCGGACGCUCUACCUCCCGUCCGCUACCGCGAUUCUCCGCGUCCUCAUGGCGGCCGACGCCGUCGGAAGCUCGGAUCCGACCUCCUGCUCGCUCUCACAGGACGCCAUGCCGCUCGCCGUCGGCUCUACUCAGAUUGAUGGCCGUGUCGACGGAUCCUCCGCUUCUGUGUCGUUGCUUCUGUCUCCGUUCCAUCUCCUGUUGCUGGCUCUGCUCGCCGUCCAAUCCCUCCUCCAUCCCUCGAGCUAGUUGAUAUCCCUUUUGUACGUGAAGCAAAAUAAGAAAGGACAUGGAGAAGCUAGGCUUCCUCACUUUGCUCGUUGUAAUUAUAUCUCGCCACUCUGCCGGCCUUGUGAA